AUGAGGCUUCGGCGUCCCUUGAAGGACGCGAUCGAUGCGGGAGCUCGGGCCGGUCCGGGCGUAAAAGCGAUUCCCACGGUGAAGUCCAAGAAGAAGACCUUGGCGAAGCCGCCCGCGGCCGGGGUGGCGGCCACGAGGGCGGCCGAGGCAAAGAAGAAAGCCGCGGAGAGGAAGGCGGCGCCGUCCGACCUUGGGGGUGCGGGGUCGGCUCCAGAAGAGCCCGCCGCCGGGAGUCAAGCGGAGAAGGAGAGCACUAGCCACGUCGAGCCCACCGCCAACGUUUUUCCUCCACCCAGCAUGGCUCGCGGGGGCAUGGCGAGAGGAGUCGACUGA